GCUUAUAAUUUUAAAUUCAAAAUUUUUCCAAAUUUCAGGCAUUUAGAACGAGAAGCUAAGAACCAAAGCUGCAUGCCCCAUUUCAUUCAAAUUACAGAUUUUUUUAUCAAAGAUAUAGUCGGAAGAGAAGCCAUCUCUUUGGCAAAUGUUUUUAUCUAAAAAUGUGUAAUUUAAAUCAAGUGUCCGGCGAUUUGCAGAAAAGCCACUUCUCAUGUUGUCGGCAGAAAAUGCAUUAUGGGGAUAAAUCGAAGGAAAUGGUUGGAACAGAUAGGCAGCAUAAAUUAAAAGAAACUGAUCAAAAAGUAUGCGGAUUAUACUGCCCACUGAACUGGUUACUAAAGUGUCCACUACACGAAGAGACUUCCAGGAUUGAGAGUAAAAGUAACUCUAAAUGCUCGAAAGCUUCUUCAUUGAAAGGGAAUUCUUUACUUGGAAAAGUGUUACCACGAACUUCCUCAACAGUUAAAAAAAUGUCGGAAGCAAGACCAAUACAAACCAGACCAAGCAAAAAGUGUUAUAUUAGAACCUCUUUGACAAGUCAAGGAAAACCAAGAAAUAAGGGAUUUUCUACAUCUGAGGGAGAAGGUCUUUUGUCUGCCACUAAUUCAAAUUGCUGUGCCAGAACAACAAUGACACUAUAUCCAAGAAAGAAGAAUUUAACACCUUUAGAAGGAAACAAAAGAAAGCAAGCAUCAAAGCCAGAAGUGGAACAGAAUCAAAAAGCACUUGUUAAGGUAAAACCCAAGGCAAAACGUAAAAAAACAAAGGGUAACAAAAUACUGGGAAGGUCAACAGCAGGAGAUGAUGACGAUGAUUGUGUUUGGUACGAGUGCAAUUUACCCUUUCGUGUAAAUAUUCCAUUUCCCAUCAGUAUGAAAAAUAAUUUUCAGCCACUAGCUGGCAAUAGCAAUCCGGAUUUAUUUAAAUCCCUUGUUCCGUCACCAAAGUUACACCAGGAUAGUUCAAUUCCAAUGCCUUGGCCGUCUGAAUUCUUAAUGCAACGUGCUCUGCCAGCUCCAAAUCCAGAAGAUAGUUCGUCGUUCUCAAAGGCAAAAGCAUAUACAAAGAAAAAAGGACUUAAACGAGGUAGAAAACUAUGUACUUUCGAGACAUCCUACUCAAACGAUUGAAGAAGAAUCGGAUCC